UCGAAUGUUACUCCGUGGAAAUAAAGUUUAUAUUUUAUAAAAACACGACGAAAAUGCCGCUUUCAAUCUGAAGCCUAACAAAACAUGUCAACAUGGCGGCUUGCAUGAGUGAAAACGGUUCAGAAAGAAAACUUGAAUUCUUUUUAAAGGUCCCUUUCCCAUCCGAGAGAGAGGCAACUAUCGCCCUGCAGUCUCUAUCUCCUGAUCCUGAACCCAGGAAAGGAGGAAUCACUAAAAAGCUGGAUUUAUCAGGACAAACACUGUCUGUGAGAUGGACCGCAGAUGAAGCUCGUAUUCUUCGUGUUUCUGUAAGUUCAUUCUUGGACCAUUUGUGUCUAGUGAUGGAAACUAUGGAUGUAUUUGGACCGCCUGUUUCACAAUGACACUCUGAGAGACAAAUAAAAGCAUAAGAGGAGAGAUGUAGAUGCAGAUGCUGUU